AUGGAGCUCUCAAUCUCUCUCUCUUCUCUGAGACUUUCAGCUACUAUCCCUCGACAGAUCAAACCCUCCUCUCAUGACAAUAGGGUGAUACCAAUUAAGCCCACGACCAAAAAAAUCAAAUCCUCCAACUUUUCUUCAAAUUGCUCCAACAAUAAAUCAAUCCUGCCACUAGGGCUCUAUGGUGAAAGUAGGUUCUCAAAAUCAUUAUUAUACGGCCCAGAUAGGCGUAAUACCAUUCGGGCAUGCGCUCAAGCUGAAUCUGCAGAUAAUUACGAUUCGACAGUGCUUACCAAAGUUUCACGUUUUGGAUCUGCUUGCUAUAAAUUUGUACGGCCCACCUCAAUGCACCUGACAAUUAUAUCUACAACUUGUUUAUUUGCAAGAGUGUUGGUUGAGAAUCCGCAGUUGUUUAAAUGGUCCCUGUUGUUUAAGGCAUUUCCUGGCCUAAUUGCUAUGCUACUUUCAAAUGCUUAUUAUAAUGGAAUUAAUCAGAUUUAUGACGUGGAUAUUGACAGGAUAAACAAGCCUUAUUUACCUAUACCAGCUGGGGAUAUUUCACUGGAACAAGCAUGGUAUUUAGUGAUAUUUGAUGUAGUUACCGGCCUGUUGAUUCUUCGAAUGAUGAAUGCUAACAUCAUCACUACUUCUAUCUACUGUCUCGGUCUUUUAUUGGGAACCUUCUAUUCUGUUCCUCCUUUUAGAUUCAAGCAAUCAUCUCUUGCGACAUCUAUUGUGAAUCCUUUGAUGGCCGGUAUCCUUCACAAUGUCGGUAUACUUUACGCUACAAGAGCUUCGCUUGGACUUCCAUUUCAGUGGAGUCCCCCAAUCAUUUUUAUCACUACCUUUAUGACGUUAUUUUAUCUGGUCGUUACCAACAUAAAAGAUCUCCCAGACGUGGAAGGUGACAUCAAGCAUAAUAUAAGAACAUUUCCGGCGAUAUAUGGACCUAGAAAAAUUACAUUCCUUGGCACAGGGAUACUCCUGGUAAACUACAUUGGUUCUAUGGUAGUAGCCAUUUGCAUGCCUCAGGCUUUCAAGCCCUACAUAAUGGUGCCCGUUCACGCAACUUUGUCCUUGUGGUUACUGUAUGAGACUAGGAAAUUGGACAAAGCAAAUUAUACUAAGGAAAAAAGUGCCAAUUUCUUUCAAUUAUUUUGGAAGCUUCUUGCAGUGGAAUUUCUUUUUUAUCCUUUCAUAUAGCGGAGA